CCGAAGAAAUGCUAGCUGGGACGGACUCUUCCUGUUGUUCCGCAGAUGAUUUCUGUAAUAUUUUUCAACUCUAGCCGCCUAUAAUGUCCAGCAGCCUCGCUUGUUCAUUAUUAGCACUUCAUAAUUUGGUGGUUAUGUGAAUAACACAGUUUUGUGGACCUUUUACUUUUCUCUUCUCCUCUGGAGUCUAGAAAUUAAUUCCAAGAAAAGCGCGGUAAUGCACCUAGGUCAGAGGUCUUACACGUCAGAACUGGCAGAUGUUCGGGGACAGAAGGAUUUAGGAAGUAUUGUAAGCCAUGACUUAAAAAUAAUGGUAGAUUGUAAUCGAGCUGCAGCUAAGGUUUCUCGAAUGCUAUGGGCACUUCGAAGGGCUUUCAAACGAUUAGACGAGGGUAUGUUCCAAGUAUUCUAUGCAACAUAUGUCAGACCUCAUGUAGAACACUGCAUACAAGCGGUGAGUCCAUUCUUCAGAAAGGAGGCACAUAUCUUGGAAAGACUACAGAUGGUAAGAACUAAAUUAGUUAGUGGUAUCUCACUGUUUCCUAUUGAUGAGAGGAUGGAGCAUUUACAUCUCUUCCCAUUCGCAUACCUUAUAUUAAAGGGUGA